CUUUAAGCUUCAAUUUGACAUUUAUAGACUAAUUUUUUUUUUACUUAUAAUGUAUAAAUUUGAAAUCCGAAAAAGUAUUUACAAUUUGGUUGGGCGAAUGCCUAAUGUUGAAAUUGUUCGAAUUUUUCGAGACCGAGAUAUAUUGGAUAAUACCGGUUGUUUUUAAUUUUUUUUUUUGUGAAAUUCGCACCUCCGGAUAGUAGGAUGGACCCGUAAGUACCAUAUACCGGACCAUAGCAGAUUGCGAACAGGGAAUUCCAUGCCAAAAUCUGCCGAAAAGUGGAAGACCAUGUCAUUUCAAUCCUCAGCAGUGUCGUAGAAUAGUAAGAAGAACAAAAACAGGGUCGGCGAGUCUGAACGAAAAAAAGCCAGAGCAAAUACCAUUUCUCACAGUGCAAUUUGCAGAAUUUAAAAAGAAGUGGUAAAGUAAAUCAUAAAAGACAAAAAUGUCCCAAGUAUACCCAUAAUCAUCUGGCCAGAAUACCACGAUGCUGCCCAAAUCUUCGACGCAUACACAAAGGGUUUUGCAAGGCUUAGAAACUGGCUUAGAAAACAGAAUAUUGCAUACGUUCCGAAAAUUGAUAACCCUCCUAACUUACCCCAGGCUCGCCCUAUUGAAGAUUUUUGGGCACUAUUGCCACGAAAAUUGUACGACACUGGAUGGUCACUACAUAUUAUUAAAGUUUUUAGACAGAUUCCUAGUUAUAGGGAAAAAACAUUUUUUGAAUAGUUAUUUAUGUUUAAAAAUAUUUGGGCUUAGAAAUGUUCGCAAAACUUAUGAAUCAUACGUUAAAGAUGAUUUCUUUGUGGUUUAGCAUAUGCAUGGCUUUCCACAGUGGUCAUGGCGAAGUGACAUUGGAGCAGCCCAUUUACACCAACACCAUACAAAGGUUCGAAAAUCCCGGUGACCAAAACAGUACGCAGGAAAACGAGGUUAAAGCCCUAAAGAAAGUUUUCUUGUCUAAUAGAUCCAUCACCUGUAACGAUGGGUCGCAAGCCGGAUUUUAUUUAAGACGGUCGCACUCAAGUACGAAAUGGAUAAUAUUCCUUGAAGGUGGAUGGUAUUGCUAUGACGUUCACAGCUGUCGAAAUCGAUGGUUAAAGCAACGGCAUUUCAUGACGUCAUCAAAGUGGCCAGAAACAAAAGACGUUGGAGGAAUGCUGUCUCCAAAUAUCAAAGAAAACCCAUUCUGGUGGAAUACCAAUCACGUCUUUGUUCCCUAUUGUACCAGUGACUCCUGGAGUGGAACCAAACCACCGUCUCCAAACGACAUGUUCAGCUUUAUGGGGUCUUUCAUCGUUAGACAAGUUAUACGGGAUUUGAUACCAUUAGGACUGGAAAAUAGCACAGACUUGAUACUUGCAGGUAGUAGCGCUGGGGGAACUGGAGUGAUGCUCAAUCUAGACUACGUUAAAGAACUCUUACACGAAGAACUUAUGCUAACGCAAAUCAAUGUUAGAGGAGUAACAGAUUCUGGAUGGUUCUUGGAUAGAACACCAUACGCACCUACUAAUAAACCCGCUGUUGAAGCUAUUAGAAAGGGAAUGGACAUGUGGAGAGGGAAAGUGCCCAGGAGAUGUAGAGAGGAGUAUAUGAGCGAACCUUGGAGAUGCUAUUUCGGAUAUAGGUUAUAUCCUACACUAAAAUCUGAACUCUUCGUCUUCCAAUGGCUAUUUGAUGAAGCCCAAAUGGACGUAGACAACGUAGGAGCUCCUGUAACCAAACAACAAUGGGACUACAUUCACAAGAUGGGCGACGCUUUGCGACAAAGCUUCGAAAACGUUUCGGCAAUAUUCGCUCCAUCCUGCAUCUCACAUUCCGUCCUAACAAAGCGAGAUUGGCAAAGUGUCAAAAUUGAUGACAUAUCUGUGGCUGAAGCUCUUCAUUGCUGGGAACAGAAAACAAGUAGAAGAAGACUAAAAAGGUUGAAAAAUGGAAAAGUAUUAAAUAAUACCGGAGCUAGAUUGGGGAAGAGAAAGAGGAGGAGAAAUCAGAGGAAGACGUUGGGUUACGCGAACCUUCUGAAUAAUGAUGAUAGAGCUAAUGUACAGGAUGCUUCGGUUAAAAUGAAGAGGAGGAGAAGGAAUAGGAUCAACAGAAAAAUUCAGAGGAAUAAAAUUCGUUCUAGAAAACACCCACAAAACUCAGAAAACAAACCAUCUCUAACCUCCAACAACCCAACUUUGGACAAACGAAUCUCCAGGUCCGUACUGCAAAAAAACAGAUGGCCCAGAAAACGCCACUGCAUCCAUAGAAGGUUGGAACGAUGUUCUUGGCCCCAAUGUAACCACUCAUGUCCCAGGUUACACAAUCCCUUCACUGGGGAAGAAAUGGAUUUCAUAGAAUUAUUGAAAUCCUUCGGUUUGGACAUGAACAGCGUAGCUGACGCACUUGGUAUUGAUAUUCAGACUUUAAAUAAUAUGGAUCACGCGGAGUUACUAAAUUUAUUGACACAACAAUCCAAUUAGGUGUGGGAACUUAUUUUGAAAAAUAAAAGUUUCGUGAAAAGAUUCUUUUAAAAAUGAGACAGAAGAUCUUAACUUCCUUUUAAGUAGGUAGUUAUUCAGUAUCAAUUUUACAUCACAAAGAUAAUGUUAGAUAAACUUUAAAAAUUGGUAUUUUGUAUUUAUAAUUUUUUCAAGUCCAGACCAAAAAAAAAAACAACAAAAUAUUAUAGACACACAAAUAAUAGUGUAUGUAUUAAAACCAGAGGUAACAGGAGAUAUAACUAUUCAUUGAUAAAAUAUAUUCUUGACGCCGACAUCAAUACCUGUGUCGAUUCCGUCCAGGGUGUCUAUUCUUGAAUCUCAGGGAGUAGAAAUAUUGAGGGAAGAAUGAGACAAAAAUACAAAUUUUGCGCGUUGUAGAUAAAGAGGCAAAACCGGUUUUCUAUUCCCCCGAAUUCAAGAAUAGGUACCCAGUUGUAGAUCAGGAGGGAGUGAAGAGACAUUUGUUGUGAGGUAUGAAAAGGGAUAAAUUGAAGGAUUGGACGACCCUACAAAAGAAUUUUAUCAAAGAAUAUAUGUAUAAGCCGUUGUAUACCCGUAAUAAACAAACGAACAAAAUUCCAAGCCAUGUUGCCACAUCUAGUACAACAUACUUGAUAUCUAGCUUAACAUUAACUAGGUUUUGGAAUUUAUUGAAAAUUAGUACAUAUAGUACAUUUAGUUAAAUUUGAUGUAAUGAUUCAACAUUUUUUGGCUUCAGUUGCAAUGAAAUAGAUUGAAUUAUUUUAGCUUUUUCAAGAUAUGUAAAUAAUUUUGUAAACAAAAUGAGAAUAUUGAUAUAGGCGUGACAACAGAGGAUAUUAUACCCUCCUGUAUCCUUUAGAAUAUUUCUUAUUCACUACAGCAGGAUAUUUGUUUCUAGUUACAUCUCCUGUUAUCUCUGAUUAAAAUAUUCGCUCUAAAAAACGAUUCGCCUCCCACUUUUUUGUCAUAAUCUGAAUUUUUAGGGAUGAAAAGUACAUGAUUAGGUAAUCCUUAUUCCGUGAGUAAUACAAAAUUAGACACUAUCAUCAAAAAUAGAGAUAUUGAUACCACCGUACAGAGGAAAAUACUUAUUUUUGCUCCAAUGCACAAUAAGGUCUUUCUAGUGAUUAUUUUUUUAUUAUUAUAAAAAAAGUCAUUUACAUUAACCCUUACUGACGAAAAAUCUUAUAAUUGUAAAUAUAUUGGUUUCAGUCGUGAACAAUUUUAAAUAUAUCAUUCAUUUAACCAAAAGGAAGGCCUAAAUAAAAAAAAAUCCUUAUAAAAGUUUCGCUUAGGUCUUAACAAAUAACAGGGUAAAUCUCUUAUUUGUUGCUAUUAAAAUAACAAAGAUAUACCGUAAUUAAUUUUGACCACCAGUGUAUUUUUCUCUUCGCCUUUAAGCUUACUAUAGCUUUGUUUUUCUCUACGUGCCAGUUAUUAUGGAGGUGUUAAAAUUUUAUUUAUUUUAAUCUAGGUUUUAAUUAUAAAACUUCUCGUUAGGUGCCAAUGUGCAGCGAUGUUAUCCGUUUUUAUUAAAGAAUUAGUAAAUGUAUGCGUAAAAAAAAGAUUUUCAGGGGUAUCCAUUAUGGGACCAUGACCAUAUCUCCGAAAAGGGGGGUUGAAGGAAAAAAAUAUUUUUAAUCAGAUAAUCUUCAGUUGCUUUAUGUCCCAUUCUUAAAGGGACACAUAUUAGUAUUUAAUUCUGAAAACCUUCUUGGGGAAACAGGUAUAUUUAUUUGGUUGGAAAAAUAUUGAGACGGUAUUUCUCUUUAACAAUAGUUAUAUACGAACCAAGUGGGAGAAACGAAAGCUUCAAGACGUGUAAAUAUGUGAAAGAUGUUUCUAAAAUAUUAUUUGGAACGAACAAAAUUAUUACCAUAUAAAUCCUAAUUUAGAAUGUAAUACAAGUUAAAAUUUUAUUUCAAAAUAUAUAACAAAGCAAGCCACGACUACAUAGUAUCAGUUUAAUAGUCAAUUUAUUUCAUUAGAUGCUUAUUUUCCUAAUGAAAUUGUGUGACUGUUAUUUUAUAAACUAAAUUUCAAUAUUAUCAAGACAGAUUAAUUUUAGAUUGUCCCAAAUGAAAGGACAAAUAUACGAGGGUUGUCUUUUAAGUUUUGCAUAUAGACCUAGAAUAAUACAGCAGAUAGUGUUUAAACAUUUUAUUGUUUUUAAAGUAUUCUCCACGAAUAUUAAUGCACUUUUGCAUGCGCUCGAACUGUUAAUUAGUGUCUGGCUUAUUAAUUUAAUUUAACUGGUGAUGGUUUUAUAAUUAAAAGAAUACAUUAACGUGGUAUUUAUUCUCAGCACCAUUCGCUGACAACCUGACUGUAAGGAGGGUGGUCUAACUCGACGUUUUGUUGCUCUAAGAAGGCAAUUGUUUUGCGAGCUGUGUGCGCACUUGCAUUCGUCGUUUGGGGUUGGUUUCCCGAAGCUUAGCGAUGACUGCUGGCAAACAAAUCGCUAUAUACCAAUCGGCAGUAACAGUUCUUUGCUCUUGCAGAGGAAUUGUUGCAAUAUGACCUGCUUUGGAGACAAAUGUUGCGAGCAUCUUUUUAGACACACUUCGAGAACGGAUCACUUUUGUCGGCUUGUCUUCACCUUGGAAAACCCAAACACACGAUUGGUGUUUAUUUUCAGGUUCAUAUAAAAAUCCAUCACCACUUACGAUGAAGUACACGUUUUUAGAGUUUCACGCGUUUUUCUUCUGUCAGCUGCGGUAUCCAACGGGACACUUAUUUUUUUACUCCCAAUUCCUCAUGCAAAAACUUUUGGAUUGAGGUCUUUGAAAUCUCUAACGAUGCUUCAAUUACGCGAUAUGUCACAUGCCGAUCUUCUUCGAUGAGCCUGUGCACAGCAUCAAUGGUUUCCUGGGUGACUACCGAUUUAGGUGCACCUUUUCUUGGCUUGUCACUAAGAUUAACCCGUCCUCAUGUAAAUAUUCUCCAUACCAACAAGAAAUUGUCGAUUGAUGUGAUGCUUUACUACCGAAAACAGAAACCAACUCGGCGAAGCAUUCUUGUUGAGAUAAUUGUCUUAAAAUUAUGGCACGAAAAUGAUCUCGGUUAAAAUCCAUUUCUUGAAUAACUUGUCAACUUUGAAAAUUCGGUGUAACUACAACACUCUAUGAAUCGGACUGAAACUUGGAAGUGAGGUUAACUAAAGGCGACAGUUUAUUUUUAUUAGAGCCGUUUGAUUCGUAACGCCCUCUAAUGCACGGUAUGCAAAACUUAAAAGACAGCCCUCGUAUGCGCUAGUUCAGUGAUGAUGUAAUUAUGGUUCCACUGACAAUUAAAGUGACAGUAGAUUUUUUAAGUGCGUUUUGUUCGUUUUGUUUACCUAAAUUAUAUCGUUUUUUCACUUUUAUAAAUAUAUUCCUAAAGUAAGUAGAUAACAUGCAUCAAAUAUACAAUCGUUUAGUUACAAAUUACAUACCUUUAAACUAUUUUUUAUGACCUGUAAACAAUAUUUACAAAUAGACUUACAACAUCCUGUAAAAACGUAUAUGUCAAAUUUAUUGAUGUUUUUGUUAAUAGUUUGGUUAGAAUUAAAUGUCAGUGGAACCAAAUUGACAUCACACUGAACUAGCGCAUUUGCAAUUUUCCUGAUCGACUCGACUAAAGCAGUUUUUCGUGGUCAACCAAUGAAUGUGCGAAACGUAACAUCAGGGGCGGCUCGUAAACAAAAUGUUGGGGGUUCACAGUAGCAGAAUAUAGAUCCCGGUACAGAUGUAGGUAAAAAAGUGUCAGUGUUUUAGAAAGGUAUAUUAUAAACUUUCUAAAACACUGAAAGUUUUUACAUACAUCUGUACUGAUACCUAUAUUCUGUCACUGUGAACCACCCCACGAGCCGCCACUGCGUAACAUAUAAGGUGAAAUUUCAAUCAAUUAUCAAUGGUCUCUCUCUAGCUAUCAACUAUUAAUUUUAAAAAAUUUAGUAUGGUGUACAAUAAACCAUAAAAAAUUAUUUAUUUCAAGAAAAAUAUUUGUGAAAAGUUACCUACUUCUUCUAUAUAAUAUCUUCUACCCUUUCGCGAAUCCUGUCUUGUCAGUAGUGCCACCUUAAAACUUACUUAAUAUGGCGCCAAUUAUGAAGGGGUCAAAAUUUGUCUAUGAUGCUGAAUCAAGGGUUUCUGAGAGCUAUGGAAGGUUCCUAUUAUUAUUCUUGGUAUUUUGCUUUCUUUUAUGGUGUCUAUUAAGUGUUUUCGUUUUUUUGGCCUUCUAAUUCUUGACCGUGUGUUCUUGCUAUGUUUUUAAUUAAAUAAUUAUAAAAAAUACUUCAUAUGAAGACCUUAUUUUAUAUUUGCCCAAAAAAUAAGCCUUUUUUUCUCUAUAUGGCGGUAUCAAUGUCUUGAUUUUUAAUGAUAGUACCCUUUUAUGUAGUCUAAUUUUGUAUUACGACCGGAAUAAGGGUAACCUUUUUGAUAACCCUAUACCUUACUUACCAGCUCAUGACACCGAAGUUGGAGGUAAAGUCAAAGUAAAUUUUAAUUUAUACCAUACUAUAAAGUUUAUUUAAUAUAUAUUGACGUCUCACUUAGUAACAUUAAACGGUAAAUGUAUUCUGAUAUAAAAUUGACGACUACAGCAAAUAUGGAACAAUAAUUGGAUUCUUGUCACAUAAUCAAAAUCGAUAUGCAUAAUUUUUUAAUCAUUUGUUUUAUAUAUAUAAUUAGUUCAAAAGAAUUCAAAUUACGAUUCUAUACCUACUUAUUGUCCAUAUUGGAGUUAAUCCACAGUUAAAUCCACAUGUAUAAAAAUAGUAACUUGUUUGAAUUGUAAAUAUUAUUUAUGUAAAUAAUAGAAAAAGAAAAAUAUCGUACUAAGUGUUAGUUAUACGACUAGUUGAUUAAUAAAAAUGCAAACAUAUUUAUUAUUUAUAAAUUAUAACGAAAAUAUUUUUGUAUUUAUUUUUUUUUUUGUUAUGUAAUUGUAUACGAAAAAAUGAGUUGUAGUUUUAAGUAUUUAGUAUAUUACAAAAAAAAAACGGUUUACCUGAAGUUUGCAAAUUCUUUCAAUUUGAAGUAUAACAACAAUAGAGAGCACCAUCACUUAUUUACUGUUAUAACAGUUUAUUAAUUGUAAUUUGCAUAAUUAAUACUAAAAUAGCCCAACGACUGUAUCCACACUGUAAAUAGAAACGUAUUUAUUAAGAAAAAUAAUUUAUUUUAUUCAAUUAAGCAACAUGUAAUAAUAAGAAGGGCAGCCACAUCAAAAUGAAAUCGCUCUUAAAUUAAAUAACAUUUUCAUUUUUCAAAUGCACAAAUCCAAAUCUACAAACAAUAAUAGUAACAAUAUUCUCCCUAUAAUUCACCCCCUUAUGAAUAGACACAUUAAGCUCUGAAAAAAGGUCUUGUCUAGAGAUCUUGAAUAUGUGUCUUAGAAGAUACUAGUUCAUAAAAGGAAUAAUUAAAAAAAUAUAGAAAUAAAAUAUAUUAAACUUCACAAAGUACAUUAAUACCUAUAUUAAACAAUUAACUUAUUUAUAACCCCACACUAAACAAAAUACAUUCGCUGCAAAUUUAUUAAAAGCUUAUAAAUUUAAAGCAAGUUUGUUAAAUAUUUAUGGACAGCUUUCGCCAAGUUUGAAUUUGCCUAACUGUAAACUUGAAACAACAAACUUAAUAUACCAUAUAUUAUGAGAAAAAAUUUUCCACAUACUUAUCGAAAUAAUUUAUUUAUAACCGAAAAUAAACUUGCAGCAAGUGUCUACAACUUUUUGUUUUUAUACUAGAUAUACAUUUAUGUUACUGAACUUAUUAAAAAUUUAUUUAUAAAAAAAAAUAUCUGUUGAUAUUAUUUUGCAAAUAUACAAAAAUAUAAAUUUUCUCAUAAAAACUUCCGAUUAUAAAUUAAAAUCAUUAAUACUAUAGAUAAGUUGACAACAUAUAGCAAACAAAAAUAGUGAUUUUUAAUAUGGUUUAUUUAAUUUUAUUAAUUUCAAAAUAACUUUAAAUGUGGGAUUUCCUUAAUAAACGUACCGUUGAUAAUAUUCUCAUGCCUUGUUACUUUAUUACAUAUCAUUUCUUAUUGUGCUAUCGUAACAAUAACAAUAAUUUAAUAAAUCUAUUUUAUUUCUUUUUACUAUUAUAUACAAUAUUUCACUAUUUACUAAAUAAAAUUCAAUGGUUUGAGAAAUUUGUCGACGAUAAGUAAUUUUCUCUGCAUUUACACAUACCCAAAGAAUGAUUGCCCAAUCCACUGCAGGACUGAUUUUUGUUCUACCUCAGUUGUACAGAUUUUCUCAUAGUCAGUAGGUUACCUUAUUUUCUGUAAAAAAUGAUUAUUUGUAAAUUAAGUAUACCUACUUAAACGAUUA